AUGUACCCUCACUCGUUUCUGGGUCUCUUGACCUCAUGCCUCUCAUUAUGCUCUGCUGUCAUUGCGAUUCCUACGGAGAGGCGCUUUGUCAAUGGCACCUCCGUAGACGUUCAGACGUACUUCGACCUCGAUAGCUCCGCGCACGGCGAGAAGAUCAAGUCGUUGACUGCCGAUGGCUACCGCAUGAUCUCUCUGAGUGCGUACGGCGGAGCACCACACGAGAAUUACGCCGCCAUCUGGGUCCGGCGAGAUGGAAACCCUUUUGAGGUAAUCUACGGCGUGGACGAAGCGACUUACGACGACUGGUUGGACUCGUGGAAGAACAAGGGUUACGUCUCGACGCAUGUCUCUGCUACAGGACCGGCCGGCAGUGCCGUCUUCACCGGCGUCAUGGAGAAAACCAGUGUCGCCAAUUGGGAGCAGUACUGCGGGUUGACUGACCCAUAUGCUUAUGACAACGCGACGUCUGGGGUUGACAUGGUCGUCAAGGGCUUCCGCAUGUACGGCACCCCAGAUGACCGCCGGUACUGCAUCCUCGGGCACGAGAAUGUUGGAAACCGGCACUCUACCAUCUUCUACUCGGCCGGGAACUACACCAUUGACUACCCUACCAUCUACGAGUCCGAGGUCGCGAAGCCCUUCUGGCGGCCGUCUCGGCUCUUCGUUUCCGAUGAUCACAUUAUCACGCCGCAGUUCGUCGACACAUCCGUUGGGAAAUGGGUGGCCAUGGACGGACUCACAGCUUCAGAGCUUUCAACACAGAUCGAAGCUCAAAAGCAAGUGGGCCUGUAUCCUAUCGACCUCCACGGCGGCGUCUCCGGCACUGACGUCCGCUUCGCCGUCAUUUUCGCAGAGACAGACAUCCCCGAAUCUCGCAAGUGGAGCGCGACGGGUUCUGUCACGGGUUUCAAAGAUAACGCCGGCGCCACUGCAGCUUUCGAUGAUGCUAUGCAGACCUGGAUGAAGAAGAACGGUGUGCGGCAGGCCCAGGUUGCCGUCGCACUGAAUGGCUCAACCAUUGCGGGGCGCGGAUACACUUGGGCAGAGAGCAACCGGGCUGUUGUUGAGCCAGACGACGUUUUUCUUCUUGCCAGUGUGAGCAAGAUCUUUGUCUACGCUGCCGUCACCAACCUGAUCGAGUCCGGAAAGCUGAACUACUCAACCACCGUUUACCCACUUUUGGGGUUCAAGCCUGCUGACACCCGCGCCAACGACAUCACUGUCAACCACCUCCUCACUCACACAUCUGGGUACAGCCGCGAGCAGUCAGGAGAUCCUGCCUUUUUGUUCCGCGAGAUCGCAUUCAACCUCUUCAACGGCACUCGUGCCGCAACCUUGCGCGACGUGAUCGAGUACCAACUUGCCCGCCCUCUUGAUUCCGCCCCAGGAUCCGAGUACUCCUACUCCAAUUAUGGAACCAUGCUUCUGAGCUACAUCGUCAGCAACCUUACCGCGACUCCCUACCUUUCUUACCUUCAGGAGAAUGUCUUCGGCGACCACGACGUGCGCCUCUACGAGACUGCCGCCUCUAAGCAUGCUGUCGACCGCAUCAUCCAGGAGAGCAAGUACACUGGCUACGAUCCCACGGAACCGCAAGCGUAUCACCAGGUCCCGGGCCCCUUUGGCGGCGAUGGCGCCAUCAAGGAAGAGUGCAUGGGCGCCUUCUCUUUCGCGGCGAGCGCGGCGACGGUGGCGAGGUUUAUCGGCACCCAUGCUGUCUAUGGCACGGGCGGAAGGGCGCUGUAUGCGGAGCGCGACGGGACGCUCGUGGGGGCAAGGACGUUUGCGGCGAGCAGGUCUGAUGUGGAUUGGGCGUUGACGAUCAAUACGAGGGAGUACAUCUCUGAGGCCGAGUUUGAUGAUCUGAGGUACAACAAGCUACCGUAUGUGCUUGGGCAAUUUGCGGCGGCGUAG